AUGAGCACCCAGGGAAAGGUGAUCAGGUGCAAAGCAGCUGUACUCUGGAAGCCUGGAGCCCCACUUGCCAUUGAGGAGAUAGAAGUGGCCCCACCAAAAGCAAAGGAAGUUCGAAUAAAGAUUGUGGCCACAGGAAUCUGUGGUACCGAUGUGAAGAGGAUGGACAUAGAAUACUUUUCUCAGUUUUGCCCCAUCAUUAUGGGCCAUGAAGGCACUGGGAUAGUCGAAAGUGUAGGAGAAGAAGUAAGCACAGUAAGAACAGGUGAUAAAGUUAUCAUAUUAUGUAUACCACAGUGUGGAGAAUGUAAUACUUGCCUGAAUUCCAAGAACAAUAUUUGUACAGCAGUUAGACUGUCAGAGAAACAUCUGGCAUCUGACGGCACCAGCAGAAUUACCUGCAAGGGAAAGUUAGUGCAUCAAUUUAUUGCUACAGGCACCUUUUCUGAAUACACAGUCCUAAAGGAAAUUUCAGUUGCCAAGAUUGAUGAAGGUGCUCCCCUGGAGAAGGUGUGCAUAAUUGGCUGUGGGUUUGCCACUGGGUAUGGCGCUGCAAUCAACUCUGCCAAGGUGACUCCAGGCUCCACCUGCGCUGUGUUUGGCCUCGGAGGUGUCGGUCUGUCUGUCAUCAUUGGCUGUAAAGCAGCAGGAGCAGCCAGGAUCAUUGCUGUGGACAUCAACAAAGACAAGUUUGCCAAGGCCAGGACAGUGGGUGCCACUUUCUGCGUAGAUCCACGGGACUUAGAGAAACCCAUUGAGGGAUUCUUCCUUGAUAUGCUGAAUGGUGGUGCAGACUUCUGCUUUGAGGUCACUGGAAACACAGAAACAGUGGCGACAGCCCUGGGUUCCUGCCACAAGGACCAUGGGGUCUGUGUGAUUAUUGGAUCAGUGGGAUCGUGGAACAGUACAAUCAACAUCAGCAGCCACUUGUUCUUCUCAGGACGCACUCUGAAAGCGUCUGUUUUGGGAGGCUGGAGAACUAAAGAGGAAAUCCCCAAGCUGGUUUCUGACUAUAUGGCAAAGAAGUUUAACCUAGAUCCCCUGAUCAGCCACACCCUGGCUCUCAGUGAGGUCAAUGAGGCAGUUCAGCUGAUGAAAAGCGGGCAAUGGUAA